AUGCUCGCGAGAAGACAGAUGCUGAGGCUGUUACCGUCGAGAUUCACAUUCACAGACGGACUGUGGAGCCCGACGAGAUGGAGACCUUCAUCCAUCUUUACCUCAAUCUGAUCGAUCUUGGGAGUCAAGCCAGAAUGUGACUGUCACGGUGCGUCAUAGUUUGGAUCUGUCCAGCCUUUACACCACUCGUUUCUAUAGCAACAGAAAUAUCACUGUAUCCUAAAAAGUCACAGUUCUACAAUGCAGUCCUCAAGCUGCUCCUCUCAGCCCCCAAAGACACGGCGCUUUGACGUCAACAGGCGCGCCAACAGUGCUGUAGCUGGACCAAAGUCUCAUGGCCUCGGUUCUCAGAAGGAGGAUAAAAACAUGAACACGAUCACCACCCCUUCGCCACGGCGGGCCGCCACUAAGGGUCCCGCUGCUCCCACCAGGACCAGGUUGGGCAUCCAGCCUCGAGCCCCUGUCAGCCAGUCCAGGCUGAGCGCGCAGAAACAGGCUCCCAUGAUCUCCAAGUUGAGUAAGCCCAAGCCGAAGAGCGCCCGUGCUUCUGCGGCAAAUCGAAUCGCCCCUGCCGCCGCUCCGCCUCCUCCUCAGCUCCCCUCAGUUCUCCCUCUUGACCCGAACUGCAACGAACCGAGCCUCCCCUGCCUGUGCUGCGACGGCCGCUCGCCCCAGGACAACAACAGUAUGUUCAACCAUAACCACAACAACAACAAUACCGUCUCUCUCAGGCAGCAAAUGCAGCUCCCGCCCCCUCCAGGCCCAGUGGCCCAGAGGCAGGAUGGGACAGUGGCCAAGGACCAGCUUCUGUCAAAAGCAGAGGAUCAGCAGGAGCCCUCGGCCUGCCCUCCUGCCAAUCAGGAGAAUGAAAAGAAAAAGGCAGAUGAAACUGCAAACCUAGACAACAAGAAAAAUGUAAAGGCAGAGGAAGAAGAUGACGACGAGGAGAGCAGCGGAGAUAUCGAUAUUGACGAUGAUGAAGAGGACGGAGACAAUGAUGAGGAUGAUGAUGAUGAGGAUGAUGACACCCUGGUCCCUUCAUGCUGCGACUGCCCCCCCUCCCUCCUGGAGCUGUCCCUCUCCUCCUCUACCUCCUCAUCCUCCACUUCCAUCAGCUCCUGCUCUGAUCUGGAGUCUGACUGUGCGGAUCAAUCUUCUUCCAUCUGCUCCUCCCAGGACCAAGACAAUCUUUUUGUUGCUCUCUCCCCCAAAGACCACUCUCAUUUGCCAGUUCCUGAUUGCCAUCCUCCUACUCGUUCACCUCCAUCCCUUCCUAUUUCUCGAAACCCUUUCACUUUAACGUCACAUUCCCCAGGCUCCCCUUGCUCCCCAGACGAGGGCUACCCAUCUGCCCUGGACACCCCUUCUCCUGACUACUUAGGAGUCAAAGGAGACUCUGAAGUCACAAAGUUAGGCUUGCUCGACUUUCUGGAGUCAGUUGGGGAGUUUGGCAAAAUGGAGCGCUUCAGCCAGGUUAUCCAAGUGGCUCGUUGGGAUCUUGAGGGGGAACAGCACUGGGAUGUUUUGCGGGAUCGCUUAGACCACCUUGAUCGUUUGGAAAAAGUUAACAGGGAAGUAAAACUUGCCUACGUGGCGAGACUGCAUGAGAAAGGUUAUGAUCUUGGAGAUCUGGAGGAGCAGGACCUCUCAGAUGUGAUGGAUGAAAUGGGAAACAUUGACUUCACCUGGAAGUUGUAUAAAAGCGGCGGCGGAACGAUGGCAGAUUCCCAGGAGUUUUCAGACGCCGGAGUUGAUCUAACCGCUCCUUCGGACUGUGAUGAUGCCCUCGUUCCAAAUUCUCUCACCCCCUCUCCCAUUGAGCCGCCACCCAGACCCCCCAAACCCCCCGCACGUCAUGCCAGUGUGAGUUCAGACCUGCAUACCUACAUAAACAUCAGCAGAGAGACCACUUCCAUGGCCGUCAGCACCUCUCCGACGAUGCUGACUUUCUCCCCCAACUCCACAUCUCCCACAUUCACCACAUUUCGGUGUGAAAAACCCUUACCCCCAUCUCCACCAUCGAUCCCUCCUCUCCCCGCCUCUAAGCCAGUCCCUUACCUCACCCUCUACACGACCCCAUCCCCUCCUCCCCCGUCUAUUCCAACCCCAACUCCUCCUAUUCCUCCUCCAAGAAAGCGGCAUCUUGCCCGGAAAGAAGCACAACGCCUUGCUGCUCUUCAAGCCGAGCAGGAAAAGACCCCCCUCUCCCUGCCACCACCCACCACACGCCCCCCGCCUUUGCCUCCUCCACCUGUGAUCUCUGUUUCCUCCUCCUCCCCACCCGCCAUACCGCCUCCGCCUGCCCUGCCUCCUCCUCCCUCCUUCCAUGCGCUGGAUGUAGAAAUAAGGAAGCUCCUGAUGCUCGCUGGAUUGACCCAAGCCGAGCUCCUCAAACUCAGCCCAGAGUUAGGCGUUUGUGUCGGGGGGUUGGAGGACGAAGGAAGUGAAUCAGUCACAUCAAGAUGUGUGGAGUCACAAGGAUUCAGACUUCAGGAAGGGGAUGAGGAAAGCAAACACGAUGAAAUGUUGAUGACCAGAAAUAGAUGGAGAGAGUUGGAAGGAGAUCAAACUGCAGAAAUAGUUGAAGAAGACAAAAAGAAGCAGGAGCUCAAAGAAACACAAAGGACUACCUUUACUGAGAUGGCAAGAAGGAGGAGGAGGAACGUCGGCGUGAUGUCUGACCAUUACUACAGCACCAAUUUCAGCACUACACAUGAAACUGACGCAAAGAAUAUGAGUUUUGAGACAUUUCGGUACCCCUCGGAGUUACCCGAUUCGCCUCCCCCUCCGCCUCCUCCACGCCCCUUACCCCCGAUUCCCCCUGCUGUCCCAGCGCCUAAAGUCAGCACUCUUCCUGCCAACUCUGAACAGCCUGAACGGUUCGACUGGCUCAUAGCUUUCACGCCGGAAUGCGACGACCCACCACGGCCUCCGCAUCAAGAAAAGAGAAAAGCCCACGUGGACGGCCCAAAGAAGCUGAGCACCUCAGGUUCGACCCCAGGUUCAGCUCCGAAGGUCACGACCUUUAAAGAGCUCCGUUUCCGCAACAAGAGCGCCUCCCCCCCAACAAAAGUGAUCACUGCCCCCGAGCCCGAUCCGACGGUGAUCACUCCAGAUCCAGAUAUACUGUACAACUUAAAGUGGAGACGAGAGAAGGCGGGCAGUGACGGCAAUCAGUGGGAGUACACCUCUCAGGCUCAGGCCCUGUUCAUGCAGCCGCCGCCCGCCCUGACCUCCAUGGCCGCCCUGAAGGAAAUGCUCCAGAGGGCCGACAAGGAGGGUGGACUACUGGAGCUGUGCCCGUCGCAGAAGAUCGGCUCCUCCAUUAGCGACAGCAGCUUGUGGACCAUGGGGAGAGAGUGGGAGGGUGAGGAACUUAGGAGGGAAGAGAAGAAGGAAAGGGAGGAGGAAGAAAAGGAGGAGGUGGAGGAGAGAGGGCGUGCUGAUGGAGGAAGAACAUUUGAGUCGAGAACUGCAGUUUCCUCACCCCCACUCUCCCUUACCCAAUCCUCCCAACCCUACUUCCUCCACACUGCCCUCCCUCGCUUUCGCCCAGGCUUCUGUAACCACCAGCCCCUCGCAGAUCCCCGACCCCGCAGCCACGUAGGCCAGGAGUCCCCAGACCAACACCAGAGCCCACCGUGGCCCCCUGCUCCCAGAGACGACUCCAGCCCGGAGUCUAACUAUGAAUCCCUGACUGACUUUGCUGCAGACUUUCCGCUUGACUAUGGAGAUGUCAUUAAUGAAAACACACACCCGGCGUAUGAACAUAUCAACGGUUCCAGAAACAAGGAAAGGGACUUUGUGUCCGACUCAAUCUGCAAUUUCGACUCGCUUUACGGCAGUGAAUCGGAGCUGCAGACUGAGUCUCACACACCUGUCAGCGGCACCGCUGAGACGCCGGGUUGCAUGACGCCGUACAAAAACAUCGAUGUCAUGAUGACGUUUUCAAACGGCGCCGGUGCUAUGGACUCGCUCUAUUCGGGGAGGCGCGCGCACGCCCACGCAGAACACAACAGCAACAACGCCCGGACGUCCAAAGAGCUCCCCCCCCUCCCCACCUGCUACCUGUACCACCCCAAGAACUGCCCUCUCCACAAGGGCGCCCCUCCUCGCCUCAGCCCUAUCGGAGCCCUGUCCCCUCCCCAGCGCUCCGGGGCGCCCCCUCUGGGCGCCCUGAGCGGCUCCUCUCUCAGCUCCCCGCUGUUUCCCCGCUCGCACACCUUGCCUGCCCUCGCUGCUCCCCUCUACUAUCCAAACCUGUACCCUCCUAUACCACCCAGGGCGCCCCCCCUUCCCCCAAAACUCUACCAGGCUCCUCUGCAGUCACGCGUGGCGACUGUUCGCAGUGUCUCGUUCGCUGGCUCUGUGCAGAAGACAGAGGCACGCUGGAUGGGCGAGGAUGUGAAGCAUCCUUUGAGAGGCCCCGGCCUGUCCUCUCUGUGCCUGCUGGAAAAGAAAGCUCUGGUCAGUGCGGUCAGCGUGGCCGUGGAAGCCAUCUUGGCCCAGUUCAGCGCCUCUCGGACUGUAGUACAGAAGUUUGCCUCCCAUAAGGCCUUAUCAGGAGACAGCACUAUAAAUCCUUCUCUGGGCCGUUUGGUGCUGCAGUGCCUCUGCCCCGCCCUGCACAGUUUGCUGACCGAUGGCAUGAAACCCCACCAGAGUGACCUGAUUGCAGGCAGGAGGCCAAACUCGGCUUGGGGUCUGGUCCAGGCUUCGACAAAGCCAGGUCCAAAAAGCCAAGCCCUGUUCACCUUACAAGUUCGAGUUGGGGAGCUGCCACAGCUCAGACAAAGCAAGCACAGGUUCAAUGCUUUCCUCCUCGGCCUACUGAACACAAAACUUCUUGAUUCCUGGCUGUCUCACCUGCAGUCGUGCGGCGAUGUGCUGGAGACCUAUUACCACCCCACCUCUUUCAUGCGUCUUUCGCUGACGGCCUGCCAGCCUCUGUACGAGGAGCUGCUGCUCGUGCUGCAGCCGCUCAGCCUGCUCACCUUCAACCUCGACCUGCUCUUUCAGCAUCAUCAUUUAGAGCCCGAGAGUCACAGGCCGGAGAUCCCCAGCCCGCCUCUUCAGGAGGCGGGGCUCCCGCUGUCGGCCGGUGCACCCCAGGCCAAAGUCACGGGCGGCAGGCACAUCGAAAGCCUCGCCGAAGUAAACUUUGGAAGUCCAGGAAAUCAGGCAGCUAACGAUGUGAAACCAUCACCCUCAACUAAUCCAAAGAAUGAAGCAUCAGGGGUGUCACCCAACACUGAUGCUGAACCCCUCAAGGCUCCAGUCGUCUUUGAGCAGACCAGCCCUCAGCUGUUGUGGGUGCAGGAAAAGGAAAUGGUCGGGUUGCUUCCUCCGAACAUCGAGGAGGACAGCUUCGCUCAGCAGGCCGGACAGGCGAUACAGCAGGGGUGGGGGGCCGUGAUGCGCUGGGGCGGCCGACUGAGCCAGAACCUGGCAGAGCUGAGCCUGGCUGCAGCGAAGACAGACGACGUGAAGACGGAUCUGCCCGACCUCCAGGCCGAGGCAGGAAGCGACUACACUCCGGUCAGCAGCGCCGCUCAGGUUCCUUGGGGUCUGGGUCGACUGUUUGGAGCCUCUAAAAGUCCCAGCAGCCCUACGAGUUACACGCCGCCUACAAGGCGUCCGUCACAGUGGUUGGCUCCUGGUGUCACUGCGCUGACCCGGAUGGUGAGCAGUAACUCCACCCCAAUACUAAGAAGGGUUCUCGAACCCCAGGGAGAGAGUGAGCCGGAGCCAGAGAAGGAAGAGGCUGAAACGCUGGAGAUGAAUGACAAGCCCAGACCACUCAGGUCAGUCCGAACGCUGUGUGACCACCACGGGACCGGCUCAGAGCUCAGCUUCUGCAAAGGGGAGGAACUGGUGGUGUUGGGAGGCGUCGAUCAAGACUGGAUUCGCUGCCGUCAGGGAGACAAGGAGGGGCUGGUACCGAUCGGCUACACCUCCCUCAUCAUGUGACUCUGGCAUCGUUACUGCUGCACUAAAUCAAUACAAAAAAAAUAAAUAAAUAAAGUACAAAAUAUCUAUAUUUUAGGUGAGUAUUGAGAGGUGAUGGUGAGGCUGCACUACUCUGAAAGGGAUAUUUCAAACCAACUUGGUCGCAGUUUGCGUUGAGUGCAUAGCACCAUCUGUUGUUGCUUCUCAUGCAUGAGGAUCAGUCUGCAGCCUUUUCUCAAAUGAUGAACAUAUGGGAAUUUUUCUCCCCAUUACAAUCCAUCCAGUUUGGUAGCAUCGGACCUGCGGGAGUCUCGCAGCAGGGAUCCAGCAGAUGGUGUGAAAAAUGACUCAACCCAAACGCAGACCGUUUCACACCCAGAAGACCUUUGAUCUUUGACUGAAGUAUCCCUUUAAACGUCUCUUUCUCAUUUCUCUGCUGUCCUUGUGAGCGACGGAUCUGAAAGCGAUCGCAGGGGAAAUAAUGUACAAUCGGCCCCCGGGUGCUUUCCGAUCUGCGGCCGCCUGUUCGGAGGCGGCGACAGCCGACAGCCUUGCUUGUAGCCGCGUCAGCGUCUCUUCUCGCCACCUUCCGGAGAGCUGUGGCCUGCAGGUUUGUCGAGCAGAGAAGUCACGUUGGAGUACUGGGCCAUAGCUCCUGUUGCAUACUGCGUAGUAAUGUAGUGAAUUGUAGCCGUGUAGAUCUGUGUUCCUUGACCUUUUCACCAUUAUUGACCUCUCAUCUCGCUCUCCUGGUUCAUGCGUGUUUCUGCUCCUAUAUUCGACUGUAUAAAUAUACAUAAAAAUAUAUAUAAUAUAGGUAUAUAAAUUGAGAUUGAUAUUACCAAGAUAGAUAGAAAGAUAGAUGAGCAAGAGAAAGCCGGCAGCAUCUUCACAUUUGCAACUUACAAGACACAUUAAGUGGUUGUCGUACAUGGGAAAGAAAAUGAAUAUAUGUUUAUUUUAAGUAUCAAAUCCAGUAUCUUCCCUCUUGUGUGCUUCAUGUAUUGCCAUUGUCUUGACGCCAUACUCAUACUGUUCUUAGAUUUAGCUCAUACCUUAAAAA